AUGUUGACCACUGCCAACAGAAGACCACCCACACAGCCCAUCCCAGGAAUAGCGGCUGGAGCAACUCCGCCAGGAGAACUUGAGGAAGCCGAAGAAGAUGUCGUCGAGCGAGUAGCUGUGGAAUCACCAGUCGAAGAUGCCGAAGUUCUGAUGUCCGACGAACUCGAGGAUUUACUACCAGUCAAAGAAGCUGCAGAACCCGAAUCUGAAGGAGCAGAGUUGGCACUGACGAUGCUACUCGUCGAUCCGCUUGUCGCCAAGUUAGACGCAGACAAUGUCGACACUAGGUUCGAGCUCGACACUGAUAUCGGUGUAGCAAUAAAGACUGAGCUUGGCACCUGCAUCGUUAUUCCUGUCGCAGUUGCUGCGGCUGCCGAGAUGGAGUCCAAAGCCACAGAGAUCAAUGAAGACUCGGCUGCGAGAUUGGCUGAAGCUUGA